GUUCGUGAUGGUGGUGGUGAUCGUGAAUCGUGGUAUUCAUGGUGAGUAGUCGCAUGGACCUGAAAGCCUGAAGGGCGGUGUGUGUGCAUAGUAGUGCAUAGUAGUCGCAAUUACUUGGUUAGGGUACUGUGUACUGUACGGUGUAUUUAAAUAUGCAAUAACAACUUGAUAGAAAUCGAAAAGAAUUUUGAUUAACUUCUCGUGAACUCGUUGUGUCACUUUUAUUAAAAGGUUAUGGCUGAUUUAUUCUUGUUUAAUCGGAAUUUAAACCGGUUGUCAAUUAUUUUUCAAUUGUUAAUCGUGUGUAUUACAUUAUUUCGCGAUUCGAAUUGUUUAUACGAGGACCAAGUAGGAAAGUUCGAUUGGAAACAGAAUUAUGUCGGAAAAAUAAGGUUCGCCCAUUUCGAUACGGUGUCUAAUACAAAAAAGAUAAUUGUAGCUACCGAGGAGAAUGUAAUCGCUGCGAUUAACUUAAAAUCAGGCCAAAUUUUAUGGAGGAGAGUUUUAGAAAAAGGUGAGCCAGGCAACAUUCUAGCUAUAGGAGGAAUCCAGGAUGGUGAACUUGUUACUGUUAACGGAGGAGUGCCUGCGAUAGUUAGAGCUUGGGACUUGGCAACUGGAAAUAUAAUACAUGAAUGGCCGAUAGCUGAACUCAAUCAUGGAAGGAUUAAGGACGUGAAAUGGUAUAUAAAAGACGGUGUUCUGUACCAUAUUCUCCCGACUUAUAAUAACGGUGUGGAGGUAACAUCGUACGAUGCUAAGACCGGAGAUAAGUUGAACUCCAGGAGAAUAUCAGCUCCGUUCAUAACCGAGGAGACGGAAUGCGUAUUGGCAGCUCCUUACCUGACCUGCCUGGAAGGUGACGCCAAUCUCAUGCUCUUUCAACUCCAUCUGUUCGAAAGUAAUUCUCAGCCCCAAUGGCUGACUAUCAAUACCAUUUUUGGUGCUGGAGCGCAGGGACCUUAUAAAUUAUCCGUUGUUAACGGAGACUAUAACGUUGUCAGUGUCAGUGCUGAUGGUGGUCAGCGGAAACGAUUGCUACUGGUAGAGGAAGUGGCAGUACCCAUAUCGAGGGAUAUUGACGGUAAUGCGAACCUGUACACCAUCAAUAUUGACGAUGAGAAGGUGUUAUUGGAAGCUACUUAUAAUAAUGGGGUAACGGAAAUCCUAGCUACAGAAUUAUCAACUUCAAAUCCGAUUCCUACAAUUUCCAUGAAUGUCUCCCACAACGUUCUAUUCCACCCAGUCAUUAUGGCCUCUACCUGCCUGAAACAAUCAAAGGGGAUUACCUGCCGUCAUCUUUUAUCGUCAAAGGAUCAUAGCGUCGCAAUGGUUGGAAGCAAUAAACUGAUUUGGAGCAGGGAAGAGGCUUUGGCUAGAAUCGUCGGAGUCGAGAUCGUCGAAUUACCCAUGUCCGACAGAGACAGAGAGAUCGAGACGGAAUUCGAUCAGAAAGAGAGUGUCGAUGUUUACGGUUCAUGGAACGUGCUGAGCAUGAUGUUAAGGAGAAUAAACUCGCAGCUGAAGCAAGCCAGAACUUUUCUGCAAUCGAUGAUUAUCAAUUUUAAACAACAGCCGUCGGACCAAAGGAUGGAUCUAGUCAGAGACAAGUUUGGCCUCCACAAGAUGAUUGUACUGGUCACAGCUGCUGGCAAGCUGUAUGGAAUAGAGACUAGAAAAGGAGAGAUAAUAUGGCAGCUGAGAGUCCCAGGCAUUCGAGGAUUCAGCGAGAAGGAAGACGGUAUCGUUUUAUACGUUCAAAGAAGCAGCAGACAUUUUCCAUAUCCGCCACAAUGCGCACUAUUGGCCGAAGAUAAAAAUACAGGAAACGCAAUAGUGUACACUUUCAACCCGAUAACCGGGCAGCCUCUGGAUGGUUUCGUGUCUCUACCAUAUAGAAUCAAGCAAUCGAUGCUUCUCCAUGUCCCGAUCGAAGAUUUUCUACGUGGGAUCAUUAUACUGGAUACCAGAGACAAAGUGCAUAUUUACCCUGAAAGAGCGAAGGCGGUAGCUGCGAAAUUGGCUAAGAACAUUUAUAUCUUCACUGCGGACAAGAACAGCGGGGUCUUCUCUGGAUAUUCUUUGUCUUACAGCACUGCCGAGGAACUAAUCGCCCAUAAAGUAUGGGAGUUGCUAUUGUCUCCAAGAAACCAAAGAAUAACUCGUGUAGCCUUGAAAAACCCGAUAGAGAGGGUCCACUCCCAGGGCAGAGUUCUGGGCGAUAGAUCCGUUCUCUAUAAAUAUAUAAAUCCUAAUUUGAUCGCUAUCGUCACUGAAGGAGUAGGUCACGCUCAGAAAAAUACCAUCAAUUUAUAUUUGUUAGACGUGGUCUCCGGUGCCAUGAUAUUCUCCAUAGCUCACAAGAGAGCCAGAGGACCCGUUCACACAGUCCAUUCGGAGAAUUGGAUCGUUUACAGUUACUUCAAUGAAAAGAGUCGAAGAACCGAAAUAGCGAGUUUGGAAUUGUACGAAGGAAAAGUACAAAGCAACACUACAGUGUUCUCCUCUUUGGCGACUGCCAAACUGCCAAUCGUAGAGAGGCAGGCAUUUAUCUUCCCAGCCUCGAUAGAAUCGAUGAGGGAGACCAUCACUGAGAAAGGAAUUACCAGUAAACAUAUAAUAGUUGCCUUGGCUAACGGCGGAGUGUUGGAGCUACCGUGGAUGAUGGUGGAUCCUCGUCGACCGGUAAAUCCAGAAUCCAGAGAAGAAGGAGUGAUUCCGUAUACUCCGGAAAUUCCUAUACAUAUGGACGCCACAAUAAAUUACAACCAAAGCGUAUUCAGGGUCGCGGGAGUCCAUACCAGCCCCAGCGGCCUGGAAAGUACCUGUUUAGUAUUUGUACAUGGAUUAGAUUUAUUUUACACGAGAGUGGCUCCUUCGAAAACUUUCGACGUACUCAAAGAAGACUUUGACUAUUAUCUAAUAGUCGUAGUUCUAGCCGCAUUAGUAAUUUCUUCUUACAUCGCGAAAAAGUUGGCGUCUCAAAAGGCACAGAAACAGGCUUGGAAAUAGCUGAUUCGUACUUUAUUUAUCAUUCGGACGCCGUACGUGGUUCGUUCCUCUAGGUGAAUUUCUAUAUAUAGGGUAAACGUGCGCGUAAAUCAAAGAGUCUGCAAUUAAUAAAAUACGAAUUUAAUCUUGACACACCAUUCGGUCGUCGCUAAUUUAUUAUCUCGUACAAUUCCGUUGUUAUACAACUUAAUGCCGCGGGUGAUGUCGCUCCAGCGCCCGAAAAUUUAGACUAUCUUUCACAAUUUGUAUUUAGAAUCAUUAAAGAAAUAUGUAAAUAA